AUGAAAAGAUCAAUAUUCCGAUAUUUGUUUUGUAUCCGAAACGAAUUGCCGACAAAAGUCAGCGAAGAGAAAGCCCAUCCACCACCAUCGCUCACUGUCAAGCACGAUCACCUCUAUUGCUCAAUGGCUCUUCGGCAACCAAAGCAACAAAGAGAAUCGAAAAAAUCACUCAGCAAGCAGAUCGAUAAUAUCUAUGUCGUGAAUGAGUAUCAAAAAAAACCGAUCAACGCCAUUUCCACAAAAGUCCCGCUCAAACUUGAUGCCAGCACACAAACGGAAUCGCUAAACCCUUGUACCUUAAAAGGCUUAAACAUCUCUGACUUGAAGGGAAAGAUGCAGCAGCAGUCACUUCCCGGGGAACAGCUUUUAGAAGUACCCGCAAAGAAACAGCAAAACAACGAUGAAAAAGAAAUUGAAUUUGGGGCUCGAUUACGAAACUUGUUGCCAAAGCCUUUUCGUCAAGAUCGACUCGACAAAGCUGCAAAGCGUGCAAAAACAAAAGAUGAACGCUCUGGAUAUAACGAUCAUUUGUUGAAACAUGGAGACGACUUCGAUCCGUUGUCGCAUGCUGUGACACAAAAAGAAGUUACUUAUAUCCGCACCAACAUAGGAGUUGUGCAUGGGAAGAAAGGAAGAAAAAGAGGCGAAGCAGAACGUUUAAGAAGAAAUGAGAUGUUGACCGGCGCUUCUUUAUUCGAUUUG